AUGUUUAUACCCAGAGAUGAUUUCUUGGAGGGCUCUUCUGGCGAGUCAGGCACCACCCAGGCUCCCGGUGUAGGUACGGGUGAUGAUGGAGGUUCUUCAGGAAGCUCAGAUACCUCUGUGUCCAUAUCAACGGGGGGCCUCGUCGCUAUCAUUGUCGUUGUCCUCGUCGUGGCGGCACUAGGAAUCACCAUGGGUACCCUGUUCUUCAUAGCCAAGAAGCGUGAAUGGACCAUGAGGGAGACGCUGAGAAGGUCUGCCCGCAAGGUCAAGACGGCACUCACCCCACGACGCUCCGAGUUCCCUUCUUCAGUCAAGGAUCCCGAGCUCGUCGGUGCGAGUCGCUCUCACAAGAGGAUCCCUGAUGACGUACCGCCAACUCCAAAGAUUCGCCCAGAGUUUCUCGAGAAGAAGCCCAGGACAUUGGUUGACAGGGUCAAAGGGCGCAUGUAG